AUGCCAAAACGCCAAAAAGUCGUCAAGGACAGUUUUGAAUAUGUGCGGAACAGAGGUAUGCCAUUCAAAUUUGGAGCACAUGUCAAAACUGCCGGCGGAAUAUAUAAUUCAGUUACACACGCAAUGAACAUCGGAGGUAAUUCGUUCGCCUUGUUCCUAAAGAGUCCAAGAAGAUGGGUUUCUCCUCCUUUGAAAGAUGAGGAUGUUGAAAAAUUCAAGAAAAUGUGCGAGCAGUACGGAUACGAUACAAGGAAAGACAUACUUCCACACGGAUCAUAUUUCAUCAAUCUAGCAAACCCAGACAAGGCAAAAAACAAGCAGUCGGUGGACUGCUUCAUUGAUGAUUUACAACGGUGCGAGAAAUUGGACAUCGGCAUGUAUAAUUUUCACCCAGGUUCAUCUUUGGGUACUGAUCAUGAUGAGGCAGUGAAAAGAUUAGCAGAAAACAUCAAUUAUGCAAUAAGCAAGACCAAGUUUGUGAAGAUUGUCGUUGAAAAUAUGGCAGGUCAUGGCAAUUUGAUUGCGUCGACUCUGGACGAUCUUUCUACAGUGCUGAAACUGGUGGAAAAGAAGGAGAGACUUGGAUUUUGUAUCGAUACAUGCCAUACGUUUGCGGCAGGGUACGAUAUUAGCACUGAAAGGGGCUGGAACACAUUUUGGGACGAGUUCGACAAGAAAAUCGGCUUUGAGCAUCUUGCGUCGAUGCAUUUGAACGAUUCGAAAGCUCCUUUAGGUGCAAAUAAGGACCGUCAUGAAAGAAUAGGGUGGGGAUUUCUAGGACUUGAAUGUUUUAGAUUACUUGCCAAUGAUGAUCGGAUGAAGGGCAUUCCGCUUGUACUUGAAGUUCCUAUUGAGGGUAAGGAUGACGUGUCGCCUUACGGAGAUGACAUCAAACUUCUUGAGUGGCUUGUUGGCAAAAAGAGUGAUUCUGCCGAGUUUUUGAAGAAAGUGGAGGAGUUGCAAAAGUUAGGAGCACCAGGACGAAAGGAACAGCUUGCGAAGUUUGAAAAGAAGAAGAAGAAGGAAGCUACAACCAGAAAGAGAAAGGCUACGGGUAAGAAUGGCGAUAUUGCAAGCAUGCUAAAGAGGAAGAAAAAAUAG